UUGCACUCUCCGUUCAACUGGACAGCCGAGCACUCAGAAAAAUGAAAUUCUUCUUGUUCUGCGCCUUCAUCGCCGCCGUGGCCGCUGAUGUCAGCCACCUGCCAUCUAGCCAGUACCUGCCCCCCGGCCGUGGAGCAGCAUCGGCUCCCGUGGCUUCCUACUCCGCUCCUGCCCAGAGCUACAGCGUAGAGGCCUCGGCCCCAGUUGCUUCCUACUCCGCUCCCGUUGAGUCCAGCUACUCCGUUGCUGCUUCUGCUCCGGCGGUGUCUUAUGCUGCCCCAGCUGUGUCCUACGCCGCUCCUGCCCAGAGCUACUCUGCUCCUGCUGCCACCUACACCGCCGCUGCUUCUGCCCCAGCUGUGUCCUACGCCGCUCCUGCCCAGAGCUACUCUGCUCCUGCUGCCACCUACACCGCCGCUGCUUCUGCCCCAGCUGUGUCCUACGCCGCUCCUGCCCAGAGCUACUCUGCUCCUGCUGCCACCUACACCGCUGCUGCCUCUGCCCCAGCUGUGUCCUACGCCGCUCCCGUCCAGAGCUACGCCGCCCCUGCUGCCACCUACAACGCUGCUGCAUCGGCUCCUGCUGUGUCCUACGCUGCUCCUGCUCAGACCUACACCGCUGCCGCUUCCGCCCCAGCUGUGUCCUACUCCGCUCCCGCUGAGUCUUACGAGACCGCUGCCUCUGAGCCCGCACACACCUUCUCGGCCAACGAUGGAUACCGUUACAAGACCCACAAGCGCGUGGUCCUCCGCCGUCAUCGUCGUGGUGUGCCCUCCAACGACUACCUGCCCCCUUUCCAGGGCGCCGCUUCCGCCCCAACCAGUGAGUACCUGCCCCCAGCAGCUUCCGCCCCCGCUCCAGUCUACCAGAGCGCUGCCUCUGCCCCAGCUGUGUCCUACGCCGCUCCCGCCCAGACCUAUUCCGCACCUGCUGUCUCCUACGCCGAGCCCGCUGAGAGCUACGAAACCGCUGCUUCUGCUCCUGCCCACUCCUUCUCCUCCAACGAUGGAUACCGGUACAAGACCCACAAGCGUGUGGUGCUCCGCCGUCACCGUCGUGAUGUGAGCCACCUGCCCUCCAACGAUUACCUGCCUCCAGCAGCCUCUGCCCCAGCUCCAGUGUACUCCGCCCCCGCUCAGAGCUACUCUGCUCCCGCUGCCACCUACACCGCUGCUGCCUCCGCACCAGCUGUGUCCUACGCCGCACCUGCCCAGAGCUACUCCGCUCCUGCUGCCACCUACACUGCUGCUGCUUCCGCUCCAGCUGUCUCCUACGCCGCUCCCGCUCAGAGCUACUCCGCGCCCGCUCAGAGCUACUCUGCUCCCGCUGCCACCUACACCGCUGCUGCCUCCGCACCAGCUGUGUCCUACGCCGCACCUGCCCAGAGCUACUCCGCUCCUGCUGCCACCUACACUGCUGCUGCUUCCGCUCCAGCUGUCUCCUACGCCGCUCCCGCUCAGAGCUACUCUGCUCCCGAGUACUACAGCGGUGCCGCAUCCGCCCCAGCUGUCUCCUACUCCGCCCCAGCUGCUUCCUACUCUGCCCCCGCUGAGAGCUACGAGACCGCCGCCUCUGAGCCCGCCCACUCCUUCUCCUCCAACGAUGGAUACCGCUACAAGACCCAGCGUCGCGUGGUCCUCCGCCGUCACCGUUACUAGAGGCUCCAACGAACACCCAGCGAACCGAGCCAAAUCCUGUUAUUUGACUCACGGGUUUCACCUGGGAAACGAAAUUAAGAAAGUCAUAAAUAAAAAAAAUAUUGAAAAAUACGUUCACUGCCUGAUUAAUAAAUCGACUAACAGGAAA